CAAAUAUUUCUUGUCACAAGAUUUGACUUUUAUUUAAAUCAUUAGUGAUUCGCACGCAUUUUUUACAUGUCAUUAUCGUAGAAUAGUUUAAAAUUACUAUGCAUUAGAUACCGGAAAUGACGCACUGUAAACAAUAUGGUGGAAUAAAUAUUUUUGUUUCAAUUUGAUUGAAAAUGCAAGUUGCAACAGGACGAUUAUGAUUUUUGCUAAAUUUUUAGUUAGUGGAAGAAAAACUGUGCAAAGAUUUUCCAUUAGAUAAGAAGACAACACAAGAAUUCCCAUGGAAAAUCCUGAAAACAACACAAGAAUUCCCAUGGAAAAUCCUGAAGAAAUACUACCAGAAAUUUUAGCAACCUUGUUUACAACAUCCUCCCCGGCUACUGAGCUCGAGUCACUUCAGCUGAUUCAUAAACAGUUGCGCUCCCUGUCUUCAGGUCAUAGCAGACAUGUAUCAGACUUUGAUCUUAAAUUUUCAUUGACAGCACUUGAAGGAAAUCCAUACCAAGAUGUCAGUAUUGAAGUAUUAUGUAAAACGCAAAAUUUAUUGAAUAAAUUUACAUGCUACUUGUUAGAGCGGAGGUUUGGUUGGUCUGAGUCCAAUCAGGAAACUGGUGGACGUCGUGUUCGGAGAAUGUCAUGUACUGGAGUUACCCUAGAAGCCAGUGACGGACAACAGAAAGCUUUUAUCAAUGAUCUUAUUGACAGUUUGAUUCAAUGGUUGAUACAUCAGAAGAUCACAGAAUCACUUUUAAAGGCUUUUGAAUACACAUUGAAGCAAGUAACAAAUAUGCCUGUUGUCAGAAACAGAGCUGUGGUUCACAUUAUGGAUUGGUUAAAAGAAAACAGGGAGAAUCUCAAAACAUGUUUAUCAUGUUGCACAAUAUUGGUGUUAAUACAGAUGUCAUUAACAGAUGUGUGGUCAGCUAUCAGAAAUUCUUGUUCUAAACAGUUGGGUCACAUCACACCUUACCUGCCUCUCCAGUACCAAGAGGAACUUUUCAAUCAGUUAGUCACAAUUUGUAAGUGUCCAAAAAGUUCCUGGCAAGCCAAAGAGGGUGCAAUCAUGGGUAUAAAUGCUAUGGUACAUCACUACCAAGACAAAACAGAUGUCAACUUUGGAUUGGAGGAGGAAUACAAGAAAUGCCCAGCACCAGAAUAUAUAUCUAGUCAAAUACAUGAUGUUGUGUUUACACUUCUAUCUAACCCACAGCUUACCAUCAGAGAGAAUGCUGCUAAAGCUAUUUCAGGUUACAUAUCCUCUGCUGACAUGAAGGAAGCCUUGUCAACAUUUGAACAAGUACUGACUCUACUGAGAAAUGAUGUCUUUGUUUCAGACCAAGUACAAACAGUUAUCUUACCAAUAGAAUUAUUGGAUGACUAUGCAGCAGAAGGCUUCUUAAAUGUCAGUUUGUUUAUACUGAAAGUUUUGCCAUUGAAGGUACUUUUACCAAGAUGGCCUCAAUAUAUAUCAACAUUCCUCUUAUAUCUAUCUCAUCAGGCCUCCACAGUCAGGCAGGCAGCCAGUAAUAUAUUCAAAUAUCUAGUUGCCAAGAGUAGUCAUUGUGUUGUGUUAGUAAAACUGGUUCUUCAGUGUUUGAUCCAGGACUGGGAACCAGACAUAACCCACCUGACAAUACCACAUGAUCAUCACCAUAGUAUGUUAUCUCAGGGAUCCAGGAUACCUUCUGUAAACUCUGCAAAUGGUUUAUCCUUAUUACAAGCAUGGGAAAGUAGAGAAGGGAGGCUUUUUGCUUAUGAACUGAUUUUGAAAUAUCUGUUGAAAAACCAUUGGCUUUAUACAUUUGGUCCUGCAGGUGCUAGUUAUAUUGAAAAGUAUCAAACUACAGAGACAGAGGCUGAUGGUAGAGGUGAUGGUAUAACAGGUAAUGGAUCACAUAUGCUAUAUAAGUCACACACCAUUGAUGCUGGACAAGAGUAUGGAUCCCAGCAUCAGAAUGGUACAGUGGAUAGGUCUCGCAAACAUACUCAUUCCCUGUCUGAGGGUCUAGAAUCUCCUUAUAAUCUUAAUGGGUCCAGUAUUCCUGUGGAAUCCUCUUGUAAUCAUGGGUCAGAGGAAGUGUUUCAUCAUGGACCAAGUCAGUUUGAUACAACAUACUCAAUACUGAUGCAAAUACAGGUGCUAGAAAGAUCAAAUAAAAAGAAAAAUCAAAAGAAUUGUCAGCAUUAUAUGCAUAGUACAUCAUUAGAGGAGGUGGAGAAAUUACUCAAAAAUAGUCAACAGAAUAAUUCUAAAGUAGAAGAACUCCUCAAAAAAGAUGUACAUGUGGUAGAUGUGGAUUUUCUCAGCAAUAUCUUAAUAACAAUUCUUCAUCAGACAUUACAGUGUAUGUCAGACAAUCAGUGGGAACUCAAAAGGAUGUCUAAACAGGUUUUACCAUGUUUAGCAGAGGUGAUACGAUGGUAUGACAUCAAUAUUUUAGAAAAUAUAUGGAAAGCUUACUUGCCAAAGAAAACUUGCCUGUUGACAUAUGCUGCUUCUGUAAUGUUAAAGGAAUCAGUGGUGCAUUGUGUCAAGUUACUUCCCUUGUUACAGAAACCACCUAAUGCAUGGCAGGACCAUGACAUGUGUAAACGAGUGAUAUCUAAAAUAGUCUCUAGUGUAACAGUGAAUAUACAGAGUUAUCUGCCCUAUGUUGACACAUUACUACAACGACCUGUGUUUGACAGAUUAUCAGUGAUCUCAGCCAGUACAAUUAUAGCAGCACACAGUUAUUUUAACAUUCCUAAUGAUCAGAGAUUUAGUCAGAUAGCUACCCUGUUGUCUUUCUGGAAGUUACUGUUUUGUUUUUCUCACCCUAAUACUAGAAUUUCCAAAGAGCUACUACAAGGAGCAGAUAUACGUCUCUUCUCCUCACCAUUUGAAGGAUACCUCAGCUGUUGUCUGGUGAAACCAGAGACAAAACUACAGUGUGCCAAACAGGUUGAGAAGUUUUUUGUGACUGAAGUCCACCAUGGGAUCAAGCCAUUCCUUCUGAGUAUACCUGUAGAAAGUUCCUCACUUAUGUUACCUGUUGUAGCUCAUUAUACUGGACUAUUUAUAGAUAAUAAUCAUGUCUGUAAAACUAUGUGUGAUUGUUUGAAUACCUUGGGUUCUAAAAUAACAGAUUUUGUGAGUGGUUUGACAGAUCAACAACAGAUACAAGGUUGUCUGAAGUGUAUACAUCUUACUCUGAAGGAGCUAGCAGCUAUAAUUACAAUGAAGACUGCAGACCUACAUAUGGUACAGAAGAUUCUCUCAGCUUAUUUAGUCCUGUGUAAAGUCAUUAAUCCUACCAGACAUCUUCGAAUAAUACUGGUUGCUAUAUGUUCCAGAGUUAGUGAUAAUGUGUAUUUUAACAUGGAGAAUUCCCCACGGCAGGAUGAUGACUUUAACCUGUUAUCAAAUGAUAUCCCUAUGUCUGGUAGUCCUGACUGUAUGGAUGAAUGGGAUGGUGAAGAUACAGCUAUUAUGGCAAACAGUCCUGGUACUUUUCCUGAAUGUUUGACUUUAAACUUGAGUAAUAACAGUGGUAGUUUACCAUCUGGGAGACUCAGUGCCCUGAGUCAGCAUAGCGACAGGGGAGGUAAUAAGUCUCCAGCGGAAAGUGAAAGUGAGGAUGAGAGUUCUGAUUGGGACAGCUGGGAUGAGGAACCUGAGGGACAUUCUGCAUUAAAUGAGACCUUCUUUGAUUUUCUACAGAAACUGAAAAAGAUUUGCAGUUCAGGUUCAAAUGACAGUUUUACAUUAGAAGUGAAGAAAUUAGAAAGCAGAGAAAAGUCUUUAAUUAAAAGUUUACUGGAUUGGUAGAUGUAGGCUUGUCAUUGUUGUUAAUCUAAUAACCAAAAUAUGAAAGGUUUACUACACUAUAGAUUUACUGGACUCAAAACAUGAAAAGAUGAGAUUAGUCAAACAAAAGCUAGUGAAUACUGAUCAAACAAAGACUGGGGAUUGCUCGAUCAAAAACAGCUAGUGAUUACUCGAUCAAAAACAGAAAGGUGAUUACUCGAUCAAACAAAGGCUGGCGAUUACUCGAUCAAAAACAGCUAGUGAUUACUCGAUCAAAAACAGAAAGGUGAUUACUCGAUCAAACAAAGACUGGUGAUUACUCGAUCAAACAAAGAAAAUACUGGAUCAAACAAUAGUUCACUCAAUUAUCAUAUCAGAUGUUUCUAUAUUUUAUAGAUUUAAAAUAAAUCUAGUGAGGGUUUUUUUCAUUGCUUAAUGAAUUAUUCACUAGAUUUAUGAAUUUUUUUUAUCAAUUUUUCUUAAUGUUUGUCUAGAUAGUUAAGUAAAAUUGUGAAAUCAGCUCAUUUUUGUAAUUUAUAGUGCCAAAUUAAUAUUUUUCUCUCAAUUUUUUGUUUACAAGAAAUAAAAUCAGUGGCAUAUUCAAAAAGCUUCAAAUCUGCAUAGGGGCCUCGGUGGCUGAGUGGUCUAAGUAGUUACUACUGUAAUCACUAGCCAGUCAACACUGAGGUUGUGAGUUCGAACCCCGCUCGUGCAAGUGCACUCAACUCUAAUCUUAAUUGACUAGGAUCGUCAGUUUUCCUAUCGAAGGUCUGUGGUUUUCUCCGGGCACUCCUGCUUCCUCCACCAAUAAAAACUGGCCGCCACGAAAUUGCCCAAAAGCGGUGCUUAAAAGUGGCGUUAAAACACCAAAAAUCAAAUCAAAUCAAAUCUGCAUAUCCAUUACUUGUUCUGAAAAAAAAUAAAAAUCAAGAUAUUCUCUUUUGAAAGUAGAGAUGAUCAUAAAAUAUUUUGAUGCCUAACACAUUUUCCUUUUUUUUGUUAUGUUAAAGUUUUUAAUUAAUAGGUACAAGGGUUUGUGGUUAUUUAACCUUUUUUUCAUUGUAUUAUGAAUUCCUAGUCCUAAAACAUUGAUAUUGACAAAUGCAUAGCUUUAAUUGUAUCACUCUGAUUGUCACAUGUCUGUCAUGUGGUAUUAUUCAACAGUCAUGUGAUUAUUUUCCUGAAUAUAUUUUCCUCUAGACCUGACUUGGGUAUAGAAUCUCGGUGACAAGUGUUGAUUAUCAAUAUUUCGUGUAUGUUUAGGUAAAAACCUUACUAUACUUGAUUUGAAAAAAAAUGUAUUACUUGUAAAUCUACCAUGCAUGAAGUAUGUUAAAAAUUGAACUAUGAACAUGAAUAAGAAAUGAUGUGUCCCUUGUUAAUCUACCAUGCAUCAGUGUUCUCCCCAGGCCGUUUUAGCGUCGCGGCACCGAGACGCUAUAUUUUUUUCCCGUGAUGCUAUAAUAAUUUCCACGACGCUAUAAUUAUUUUGAGGAUGCUAUUUUUCUUGUCUCUAUAUCGCAAAACCAUGUCCUAAAUUUUGAACUUUCAUCUAAUUACCGCUUGUGAUCAUAAAAAUUAUAUCACCUUUAAUUGUAAUCCCUUCAAGUCCGAGGCAAUUUAGAGUGAUUAAAUAGGUGUAAAUUGCCCUUUGGGUGAUAACUGAAUGGAUACGAAUACCCCAAGCUGACACUUGUGACAUGACUAAUACCACGUGGUCCAAUCGCAAAUUUCAACAUGGAGAAAAUUUAAUCAGAAAAUCAAAAAACAAUUCGAAAUCUACGUUUGCAUUAAUCCAAAUUCAAAGAUACAAACGAUUUCUCUCUUUAAGAAAAGAGGUUAGGUCGUAUAUUUUUACAUUUUAUAAAAAAAUUACUUUCUUUCAUUUCCGGUAUCUAGUUAAUAGAGAGCGUACAUGGCGUAUAUUAAACAUUUUGAUUUUGAGUUAAAUAAGUUUGAUACUCCUUUAGAAAGAGAUCAUAAUUGGCUUUAGUUAAUGUUUCAUCCAUUUAAUGCAUUUAAAGCGUCAUAUGCAUUCCCAAUCUCUUGUCAAACAUUGUUUAUUUUCGUAAAUUUUUCUUCCGCCGCCAUUAUAUAUGUGUAAACUACGGAUCGGAACCGGACCAGAUAUGACAAAAUUCUGCAUUUUUACGAUAAUAACUACAGAUGCACACAUGGCACAGUAGACAGAAAAAAUUAUCACAAAAGAGAAAACUACGCAUUCCACACGCAUUAACAGACUAUCUAUUAGAUAUCUUUGCUAAAUGUAUUCUCUUUGAAAAAGCAUUGUUUUAAUAUACUGACUAAACAUGCUAAAGUAGCUUAACUUUGUUAAAAAUAUAUAUCAUUUUGAUAUAAAGAAACAACUGGGACUAAUUCAUUGAGUACCAUUAAACAAUGAAUUUCAUAGACAUGAUAAAGAAAAAAGUUUUUUAAUUGAAAUGUUAUUGCUAUAUGAUACAUUCUCUUCCCUUUUUAUAUAAAAACCAGUUCUUUUUUGUGCUAGAUUUUUAGUAUUUCAUAUAUACAGGUUGCACUAUAAUAAACCAUUCAUUCAUUCAUUCAUUCAUUCAUUUAGUUGAGUAGGUAGGGUAACUGGAACCACACAUAUAUUUUUAUUUGGUCCAAGAGGAAAAAAUUAAUUCUGUAACUAUAAAUGAAUAUAGAAAACAUAAACUGAAACAACUGUUAUCAUGGUUAUAGUUUAAUUGUAUUCUCAGUUAUGAAUUGAACAAUAUUAUUAUAAACAUAUAUAACAUAAAGGAAAUAGAUCAUCGCCGCGAUGCAUCAAAUGUCAUUGAAAAAAAAUGGGGUUUUUUUUACGCCAAAUGUGAUGCUAUCCAAAAUUUCUAGGGAGAACACUGUGCAUGAAGCGUCAUGGCCGUACAGUGACCUUUAGUUGUUGUUUACAUCAUUUGGUCUCUGGUGGAGAGUUGUCUCAUUGGCAAUCAUACCACAUCUUCUAAAUUUUAUAUAUUUGAGUCAAAACUUUUGUAGGGAUAUUGUUCUCUAAAGUUAUCAAAUUAUAGUUUUUGAGAUAUUCAUUUGGAAAAGUAAUAUAUUCAUCCAUUACAAUUGCUUGAAUAUUAGUUAGAGAUAUCCUUCAUAUGCUAUUAAGGGCAUACGAUACAAUUUUGAUCCCACAGUGAUUUUUUUACGAAAAUUUGCAUACAAGCUAUUUUUCACCUAGUAAAUUCAAAUAUGUAAUAAAAAAUAUACCUUCAUUUGCUUCUUUAAGAGAUAAAUGAGGUCGAAAUUUUAGACAUUUACUAAAAAUUUUGGUUUUUUGGACAUUUCUACCCUUUGGAUAGACAUAACUAACUUUUUUGUUUCAAAAUAAAAACACAAGCGAAUUUUUGUAACAACAUUUGGAAAAUCUUCUUUACAUAAGUAUGCUCUAACUUUGUAUAACAAUUCUUUGGAAAUAUUUAAUUUUUAUCAAAGUUACAUGAUUUUAGAAAAAUAACGGCAUGUUUUGCUGUAUAUUUAUCUUAUUCAAAAAAAAUUCAUCAGUGACUUUUUCAUAAAAAUUGGUACAAAUAAUCUUCAUACGAAAAAAAACCUAAUGUCAUUUUAAAAAAGAGGGGUCCAUGAACUCGUUUUCAAGUUAAAUCAGUCGAAAAAUGCAUCUUUUCCCGAUAUGUCACAGUUUGACGUCACGAAAAUAACAUUUAACGUUAGCAACGUCAUUACCUCCCCU